AUGUCCGCAUCGCGCCCAGCCGCGCGGUCUACGAGCACGAGAAGCGAGAAGGAGGAGAAGGGGGGGGUCUACAUCUACGACUACCCUGGCCGUGGAGAGGACAACUCCGAGAACUCCGACAAUUCCGACAACAUUGCGACGACCCUGGCCAUGGAGAGGACACCCAGAUGGCUGCGAGCUGGGCGGCCAGCCAGCCACCCUGUGUUGCGGACGCAGAGAUCCCAACCGCAGAAGCCCAGAACUGGAGCCUGCGCCAGCGCCCGUACGCGGCUUCCUCCGAAGCGCAAGGCGCCUUGGAGAGCAAGCGCAGCCAAGCAGCGUAGCACCCUGACAAUCUUCGUGCGCUACUAUGCACGUGCGGCGAACGAACAACCGGAUCCUCGCUCUUUCAUCCCCCCUUGUCACCCGCCGCCAUCCUUGCCCUUCGCCUGA